AUGCAAGACAAACACUGGAAACUCACCAGGCCACGGGUUUGUCUCCAGAUAGCACGGAAAUGCAAUUCUGAUUCCCACACUGUCCUGGCCUGCAACUUCCUCUUCCCCAGGGGUGGGUGGGUGUUCUGUUUCUCGCUGCCUUGGCCAGUUCCCCUUUUGUGCCCUGCCUUGCUUGCCAGCUGGCCUUCUUUCCUUUACCCAAGCAAGAGUCUCAGCGUGGCAGAGGGGCUGCUGGGCCACUCCCAGGGUUUUUUUUGGGGAGCCUCUGUUCAGGAGGUGAGUGGAAGUUCAUUGCUUUGAGCAUGGGAAAAGGGAAGAGGGGAACCACAACCUCUCUCACACAUCUUUUUGGAGUGGAGCUGGCCUGGGGAAAGGAGAGGACAUGGCUAGUAGCCAAAGGCUUCCUGAGAUUUCUAUUAGGACAGGUGUGUGGGAAUAUAGGAACAUAGGAAGCUGCCUUGUUCUGAGUCAGACCUUUGUUGCCUACACUGAUUGGCAGUGGCUCUCCAGGGUUUCAGGUAGGACACAUUCCCAGCCCUACUUGGAGAGGCUGCUGGGGAUUGAACUUGGAGCCUUCUGCAUCUGAAGGCAGCCCUGUAUUGGGAAGUUUUUAAAUGUUUAAUGUUUCAUUAUGUUUUUAUAUAUGUUGAAAGCCACCCAGAGUGGCUGGGGCAAUCCAGUCAGAUGGGUGGGGUAUGAAUAAUAAUAGUAAUAAUAGUAGUAAUAGUAGUAGUAAUAAUAAUAAUAAUAAUACGUGCCUAUUUUCAUCAGAGAAAUGUUGGAGGGUAUGCAUUGUGUUGCUUUUUGAGUAGUAUUUUGAAUUUGGCUUCGGGUUGCGGGCAAGGCUUGUUUAUUAAAUUUGGAAGGGAGGGAGGCUGUAGCUCAGUGGUGAAGCACUGGCUUUGCAUGCAAAAAGUCCCAAUGGGAUCUUAAUGUAGGGCUGGGAAACACUCCUUAAUUGAAACCAUGGAGAGCUGCUGCCAGCCAGUGUUGAAAGCACAGAGCUGGCUGAGCCUAAUUCUGAGUGUGGUAGCUUCCUAUAUUCCUGUUUUAUUCAAAACUGAGGACUAGAAUCUUAAGUUGGUUUUAGGGGAAAGACUGCAACUCAGGUGGGAAAGCACCUGCUUUGCAUGUAGAACCAAGAGACGCAUGCCAGUCAGUGCAGAUGGACUAAAAUAGAUGAACCAAUUCAGUCUGUGUAAGGCAGCUUCCUAUGUUCCUAUUUAAUUUAGCCUUUUGUUCAGAACCAUGAGGACCAAUAUUUUACUGUGUGUUAAAAGAAGCAGCCACAGCUUACUGGCAGAACACCUGCUUUGCAUGCAGAAAGUCCUAGGCUCAAUCCAGGUCAAGCUGGGAAAGACUCCUCCGCCUGAAAAACUAGAGAGUAUGAUUCAGUAUAAGGCAGCUUCUUGUGUUGCAUCAAUAGGCAUUAAAUAUGACAAUAAAAAAUAGAAGAAUCCUCCUCUACAUUCAUCACCAUAGCAGGGAUACCAAACUCUAAAAGUGAUCUCUGUUUGCUUUUUUCCUUAUGGAACAGUUUAAUAGAUUUCACCCUAGAAAUGCUCAGUUAAUAAUGGGAAGGGGUGGGUAGUGGGGAAUUCUGAGUAGGGGUCUAAGGAUGGGGGAUUUGAUUCUGAAACAAUUAAAAAAAGCACUUCUCUGAAGCGUGAAAUGCAGUUCACCAGACAAGUAAUAGAUACAAAAAGGUAGAGAUCAAGAUAAAGUGUGCAUAAAAAUGCAUAUAAGUGUGCAUAAAAACAGAAUGAUGCACAGAAAUGUGUCAUAUUUGGGGAAAUUGCUUUGCAAAUAUGUUUGUGUGGUAGGCCAAAUUGCCUGCAAAGCAUGUGCAUAUUAAGAGAAAGUUGCACUAAGAACAUAGGAAGAGCCUGCUGGAUCAGGCCAAUGGCCUAUGUAGCCUAACACCCUGCCUUUACAGUGGCCAACCAGAUGCUCCAAAAUGAAACUGGCAAGCAGGACCUGGGCACAAGAGCAACUCUCCCUUCCUGUAGCUUCCAGCAACUGGUAUUCAGAGGCAUUUCUGCCUCUGACAGUGGAGGCAGAGCUUAGUCAUUUCGGCUAGUAGUCAUCAGCACAGAUUUGGACUAGAUGACCCUCAGGUCCUUCCAACUCUACAAUUUUGAUAGCCUUCUCAUCCUCCAUGAAUUUGUUCAAUUCUAUUUUAAAGCCCUUCAAGUGAGUUCCAGAGUUUAUGCUCUGAGUGAAGAAGUCCUUCUUUUCUUCUCCCCUGAAUCUUCCAGCACUAAAACGCUGGUGAAUUCUCACAGAAACUUAAAAUAUAACAAACUGGAAAUGUGAAGAAUGGAAGUCAGGAAAACACCUGAAAGUGGGAAAAGCUAAAAUUGCCAGAUUUAGAAAUACUGAGUCAGGAGAGGGAGAAGGGUGUCCUUUGUGUCAUAAGGCCACCUUUGAGGUCAGAAGCACUUAGGGGAAGUUUCCUGCUUGCUCUUUCUCUGUCUGCUGUUUUCUCCAAACACGCAAAUCUAAACCAGGGUGUGGGUGACACAUCUUAUGGUUGUUCCUGAUCUGUAGGUAAGGAAGCUGAAGCAGAAAAGGGCCAGGCUGAGGAUGUCCCACUCUGCAGAGGGAAGCCCUCUCUCUGUUUUAGGAGUUGUGUGUUUGUUUUGCUUUUUAAUAAUAAUAAUAAUAAUAAUAAUUUUAUUAAAGAUUUUCAUGGUUCACAAAAAUGUGCAUUGUCUUUUUUCAAGUCACAUAGUCCUUUUUUACAUUUGAUGUGAGACAUUAUAGAUAUAAAAUAAAUAGAGAACCUACUCAAGUGACACUGGCAUAAAACCCACAAACAUACCAAAUAUUACUAUAGCUGCUAGGCAGGAGAACAAGAGCCAGAGAGGUGUCUAUGAACUGAGCUGGAAGCAGAUUGGAAGCUGGAGACACUGCUUGCUCCGUGCUUGCUCCAAAACUGUGACUAAUGGACCCCCAAAUGGAACUUGGCACCUCUGGUCUCUGAUGACCUUCAUUCCAACAAAACUGAACCCUGGGUGAGUGCCUGGAACCCUUGGAAUCUCAACGCUGCUCAGAAAUUGGGGUGGCGUAUACUGUAACAAUAUGUUAGUUUUGGCCAUAAUAGAUAGUGAAAAACUACAUGUAGAUUUAGCAGAAGCUGAAUUGCAGCAGAACAGAAAUGGAACCGUUUGUGACAAGUACAGAAUGGAAACCUUAUUUCGCUGACCUUCCAGGGCACAUCUCCAGCACUUUUUGAAGAGCAGAAGGCACUCCUUAUUUUGCCCUCUGCCAUGUCUGAGCCAGAUGAUGACAAUGAAAGCUGCUGGAAUAACCUGGAGAACUACCGUGUAAAGCUGAUUUCAGUGGUUGACCCAUCCAGGAUAACCCCUUACCUCCGCCAGUGCAAAGUCAUCAACCACGAUGAUGAGGAACAGAUCCUUAACGACCCCAGCCUUGUGAUCAGGAAAAGGAAAGCAGGUAAAUUUUCAAUAGCUCACUCACCACUAGCCUUGCACAUAGCUUCCCACAAAAAAAUAUCACAGUAGUUUCCCCCUUUAACAGAGUUACUAUUUUCAGUGCUGUUAGACUACUGUUUCCUGGAUUCUUUGGGGAAAGCCAUGUGCUUUAAUGGUAUGGUGCAGAUCUGCCCCUCGUACCAUGAUCUGACCAGGCUUAUUCCACUUGGGACUAGUUUACCUUCAAGAUCACCUUACCCCACAUGUGCCCACUUGACCACUCAGAUCGGCAGAAUUGGCGCUACCUGUUCCACAUUUGUAAGAACUCAGUCAUUUACUGUGGCAGCAUCUGCACUUUGCAACUCCCUGCCUAUUGAUACCAGGCAGGCACCUUUUUUGUACUCAUUUCUGUUUUUGCUAAAAACAUUUUUUUAGACGAGUCGGUCUAGAUGUUUAGAAAGUAGGUGUAAUUUUUAAUCCAUUUUAGUCUAUUUUUGUAUGUUUUAAAUUUUUAUUGAUUUUCUUGUUUUAUCUUUUUGAAAACUGUUUUGAGGUCUGAUUGUUUUUACAACAGGUGCUGUAUAAAUUUUAUGAAAUAAAUAAAUGAGUAAACCAGGCCAGUGUCAGGAAAUUUUUUUGGGUUCUGGGAUACUCACAGCAAUCCUGAUUUAUUUUAUUAGGUAGGUGAGGGAAUAUACUUUACUAUACUGUAUUCUAUCCCCCGCAUGUGUGGAUUAACAGACAAAGGGAUCAGUUUACUGCUUACGUUUAAAAGUGCAGGGCAGAGCAGGGUUUAAAUCUCAUUUUAGGCAGUUUAAUUGAAAGCACAGGAAUUAGUCAUUAGGCUGAUCUCCCCUUUGUUACCCUGUUUAUCAAAGAAACAGGUUACAGAUUGAAAACUAAGCUUAAAACAUAUAGUUUACUAGCAGUUAAGCAUUUGCUGUUAGUAGCAACAGCAUUAAAAGUACAUGCAGGUAAAAUACUUGUGUUUACAGCAGAAACAGCUUCAGGCAUGUGCCUGAUGCUGGAGCAAGUGGAGGUACAUCCCCCUUUAUGGCUGGUUGAAGGGGCGGGGGGAGAAGGAGCAGCAAAUACUUUUUGCUUCUUCUCUUCCAGGAGAGGAGGGAAAAUGUACCAAUUACAUUUCUAUGGUCUGAGUCUGCCUAUCACCAAUAUAGCCCCAUGGUCUUAACUCAUUCACAUGUGAACUAGCUAGAAUAGGCAUUGUUAGAUUUGACUGUGUAUCUCCCACACAUCCUCUAACCUAGUUUCUGAUACCUUAGGCUAAAUACCCUUUUCUUCUGUGUUUUUUUCAGGGGUACUCCUUGAUAUUCUUCAGCGGACAGGUCAGAAGGGCUUCGUGGCCUUUCUUGAGAGCCUGGAGCUCUACUAUCCUCAGCUCUACAAGAAAAUCACAGGCAACGAGCCCACCCGGGUUUUCUCAAUGAUUAUAGGUGAGUAUAGUAAAUUUUGCUGGUGGGUUUAAACACCCUUCCCUUGCCUAUCCAUGACCCCUAAUAGGUGAGAGAUGCUGAACCUGGCAACCCCAAAAUGACAUGCUGAGAGUAUGGAGUUGAUUGAAUGCUACUCAUGAUUUGCAGAGGGUUGGGCUAGAUGACCCUUGACUGCCUUUUCCAACUUUACAAUUCUAUUUCCUCCCCACAGACACGGCUGGGGAGUCCAGCCUGACAGAGCUGCUGAUGAGCGAGAUCUCCAAGCUCCAGAAUGUUGUGCGUGAGGAGCGGCGGAAGCUCCAGGAGACGGGUGUCCUGCUCCGGGCCAAGGAGGAUGUCAUCAGGGAGAUGAGGGUGCGGGACAGCGUCCUGCGCAAGCACCAGGAGCGGGCCCACAAGAUGAAGGAGGAGCGUGACAGCCUGAGCCGGGAGCUCAAGUGCUGCAAGGAUGAGAACUAUGAGCUGGCCAUGCGCUAUGCUCGGCAGAGUGAGGAGAAGAAUGUGGCACUCAUGAAGAACCGGGACCUGCAACUGGAGGUUGGUAACCAUCUUACGAUCUGUGGCAGCUGAGGAGUGGGAGUAGGGUGGAGUAGUUAAAGCAGAGCAGGGAGAAAAGGAUUGGUUCUUGAAACGUGGCUCGGGGUGAUGGAGAAGAAAUGCAUCAAUGGGCAUCUGCAGGGAUUCUUCCAGGCUAUGUGACCCUUAGGAGUCCCUCCUAAUUCGACAGUUCUAUGAUUCUGUGACCUCAAAAGGUGGCCGACUCGCCUUUGAUGGGAAGUUUUAAAACAGAGAUCAGAUGGCCAUCUGUUCAGGAUUCAUGCUUUUUCCAAAAUAAGAUUUUAUUAAAGAUUUUUUUCAUAAUAAAAAAGAUAAAAUAAAUGAAAUAAAAACAGAAAAAGAGAAAGAGAAAGAGAAAAUGAAACACAGGGUCCUCUUUCAAAAGUAGUUCUUAACCCUUGCCUCACACAGAAAGUGGCGAAACCUCCCAGCACUCACCUGGGAGCUUUCCUUUCUGCUCCCAGUCUCUUAUUCUGGGAGGUCUUCCCUUCCCUACCUCUCACCAUCCAUUACCUACAUGUGUGUGCAAUCUUUGGACUCCCAAAACGGCUCAAAGCAGAGGACACCAAAGAAAACAAAAAAAAGUAGAAAAAAGGAAAGAAAGAAAAAGAAGAAGAAAACUGAAAAGGACUUCCAAUUUUCUGUCAGUUAUGUAAAAGAAUUUAUUCAAAAAUCCACUCUAGAAUGACAUCCAACUGAUCUACUUUCUGUUGAGCAAUAUUUUCCCAAUCUUCUGACUGAAAUGUCUCAAAUUAAUUUAUUUUCCUUUUUACGCAAAGUCCAAAAGGUGCUCUCUAAUUUUUGUUGUUAAUAAGUGUCAAUGGUUUUUCUCUACUCAAACAUAUCAACUUUGUCUCCAAUAACCUCAAUAACAAUUCCUCCAUAUUAAACAAUAAGUCUUUCCAUCUUUGUUCACACAAGAGUCUCUCUGCUGUGUUCAUAUAUUAAAAUAGCAUUCCGUAGUUCUUCCCUUGCUAGGUAUUCAUUAAUUCGUACCCAGUUCUGUACCUUCCGUUCUCAUUUCCUGUUAUAUUUGUUGGGGUUUUCCAUAAUGAUUUUAAAACGACCCUUCCAUUCUUUUCCCAAUAAAAAAACCAGAGGUUUGAUAGCUUUUCCCUCAGAAUUUACUCCAAGUUGUACACAAGAGUCCUUUCUCUCUCAGCUCUAUCACUGCCAGCUAGGGAUGUCUUUACAUCUCUGUAUCCAAGGUUUCAUUCCACUCCCAAAACAUCUCAAUUCCACCAUCUGUCUGGGAUUCUUUAGCCAGGAUUUCUGUAUGGCAGGAGGCUGGACUAGAUGACUCUUGGUGGUCCAUUCCAGCCCGACAAUUCUAUUAUUCCUUUUCGUCUUUGCUUCCAUGGGCUUUGCUUCCCUCUGCUCAGAUUGACUGUCUGAGGCACAGCCUGAUGAAGGCAGAGGAUGACUGCCGCUUGGAGAGGAAGCACACCCUCAAGCUUAAGCACGCCAUUGAACAGCGUCCCAGCCACGAGGUGGUGUGGGAGAUACAACGGGAGAAGGAACUGCUCCUGGCUAAGAACAAGGAGCUGGAGAGCACCCUGCAGGUAGGCACAGUGCCAGGUAGGUAGGUAAAUGAAUGAACGAAUGAAUGAAAAAGACAUUUGAAAAGGGAGGGAGAGCCCAGCGGUGGCUAGAUCAGACCCAGGAGGGCUCAUCAUAGCCCAUCGUCCUGCUCUCACAGUGGCCAAAUGUCCCCGAGAACCUGGGAAUCUGGAAGUUCUAUAAUAACAUAAGCAGAGCCCUGCCAGAUCAGGCCAAUGACGCCCAUCCAGUCCAACAUCCAGUCCUCACAGGGGCCAUCCAGAUGCCCCAAUGGGAAGCCCCCAAAGCAGGCGCUGAGUGAAACAGCAACUUUCUGGCUGUUGUUCCCCAUCAUCCAGUAUUCAGAGGUAGAGUGUUCCUGAGCAUGAAGCUUCUGCUAUAAAAACAGGCCAACUUAAGAAGAACUUAGCAGCUGCACCAGACCAUCAUAGCCCAGCAUCCUGUCUUGAAGGUGGGCACCAAAAUACCUCAAUGGAAGCCUACAAGCAGGACCUGAGCACAGCAGCACUGCUCUCCCCACAUGGGAUCCCCAGGAACUGUUAUCCAGAGGCAUAUACUCCUCUAACAAGGGAGGUAAAACUUUCUCUAGUCUUCAAGGGCAGCCCCACCUAGAACUAGUUGCAGCAGUCAGUUUGCCCACACCCCUAGGUUACCAAGACCAGGUCAGGAAAGGGUGCAGUCAACUUGGAGGAAACUGCCUUAUUUUGAUGAUGUCUUUGGGCCAUCUAGCUCAGUAUUGUUGACACUGACUGGCAGCAGGGGUUCCCCAGGGUUCCAGCCAGGGAGAUACGAUUCCAGUCCUCAUGGUUCAUAAUAAAGGAGUGACUUGAACAGGAACAUGGGGUGCUGCCUUAUAUUACAUCAGAACAUUUGUGGAAAUUGACUGGCAGCAGUUUUUCAGGGUUUCAGGUAAGGAAUAUUCCAAGCUCUGCUUAGGGAUGUCACUGGGUAUUGAGCCUGCGACAUUCGGCAUGCAAGGCAGAUGCUCUUCCACUGAGCUACAGUUCCUUCCCUUAAAAAAAUAAGAUUCUAGUCCUCACAAUUCAUAAUAAAGGGCUGAAUUAGAAAUAUAGAAAGCUGCCACACACAUAGUCUAUUUAGGCAUCUUCUCCAUGCCAGGCAAAUACUCUGUUACUGAGAAAUAUGGGCCUCACACGUAUUUUUCUCUUUCUGCUCCAAGGUCACCAAGACAGGUGGUUCUGAGGAGGAGGACAUCUCCAUUCAGGCCCUGCAGGCAGAGCGGACACAGAUGCUGGGGGAACACCAGAAGCUGGUCAACACCAUCUAUGACCUGCGCCAGAUGCUGCGGCGGACAGAGGACAAGUGGGAUAAAGUAGGUGGCUGGCUGGGGGCCCCUUUCUGGGGGUGUGGGGUAUGUGUGUGGGGAGAGGAAUGAGGAAGCACAUGAUUUGAUACUACAGGUGCCACAUAAUACCUGUUCCACAUUUGCAUGAACGCCAUCUUUAAUGUAGCAGCUUCAGACAUGUGUCAGAAGCUAUCUUGCUGCAUUUCUACCCAAAAAUAUUUUUACAUGCAUUUCUUAUUGUUGCUGCAUAGUAUAAUGCAUGGCUGUGUCCUCAGAUAAGUAAGUAAAGCAUUUAUUUCAUUGCAGGAGGGAUAAAAGGGGGUCAGCUGCUUCAUGAUGCUGAACUGUAUAAAUGAGGUUUAAUAGCCCAUUCCUAUGCUUCACUAACCUGCCUGAGAAUUAAAUUCUGCUAGGGGGCUUUCUCCUGUCAGAAAGUCUAUGCUUGCCCCAUGCUUUGGAAUAUAGGCUUGCAUCCAUUUUCCUUUGAUGUUAACCCACACAUGUGGGGUGCCAGAGGAUUAAAUAUACUUAAUAUAUCUUCUUACCAAUUUCCAUCAUAUAAAUAACAGCAUUUAAAUACAUAUAUGGACAGAUUUUAUCCUGAAAUAUGCAUUUCAAAACACAUUCUGGUGCAUUCGCCCCCCCCAGUAAUGCUCCAGAAUAUGGGGAAGUGCAAACGGCAAAUGAUAUUUAAUGUCGCAAUCCACAUAUUAUUCUGGUGUGUGUGUGUGCAAAUUCAUAAAGUUGUAGAGUUGAGAGGGACUUCACAGGGUCAUCUAGUCCUACCCUUUGCAAUGCAGGGAUUCCAACUGAAGACUCCAAGACAGGUUGCCUUCCAACCUCUGUGGCACAAGAGAAAUCUCUAUUGCUGGCCUUCCAAUGCCUUCUGUGCUUGUGUUGGCAGCUUGUGGGAGAGAAGGAGAUGCUGGAGCUGAAGUGUUCAUCCCUGCAAAAUGAUGCCCAGAUAUACCAGGACCGCAUUGAGGUCAUCCUGAAACAGAUGGAGGAGGUGGCUUCUGAAAGAGAUCAGGUAGGGGCUGCCAGGGCAAUGUCCCCUUGCACCUCCCCACUCAAAAAAUGGCCAAGUACCCGUAAGAAGCUAGGAAUCACUAUACACUGCCUCUGGGCCUAGAGGUUCCAUAAGAACGUAAGCAAAGCCUGCUAGAUCAGGCCAAAGGGGCUCACCUAUCUCAGCCUCCUGUCCUCACAGUGCCAGCCAGAUGCCCCAAAGGGAACCCUAGAAGUAGGACCUGAGCACAAAGCCCUCUCCCCUCCUGUGGCUUCCAGCAACUGGUAUUCUGCCCCCAAAUGAACAAUAGUAAUUGUAAGUCUUUUAACAUUGUUUUUGAUGUAUUUUGGAUGGUUGUAACCCGCCUUGGGACCUUAGGCGUAAGGACAGGUACCGUAUUUUUUGCCCUAUAGGACGCACCGUCCCAUAAGGCGCACCUAGUUUUUUGGGGGGGAAAUAAAGGGAAAAAUUUUAUUUCCCCCCCAAGCGCGGGGCUGGGGCGGGGGAAGCCCGAGCUUCCCCCGACCCCAGAACAGGCAACUCUCCGCAAGCCAUGGGAGCCCGGCGCUGGGCUCCUGCGCCUUGCGGAGAGCUGCGCGAAGAGCCUUCGACAUCCAAGCAACUCUCCGAAAGCUGCGGGAGCCCAGCGCUGGGCUCCCGCGCCUUGUGGAGAGCCGCGCGAAGGCUGGGCGUGCUGAGCUCAGCGUGCCCAGCCUUCGACAUCCAAGCAACUCUCCGCAAGCCGCUGGAGCCCCGCGCGGGGCUCCCGCGCCUUGCGGAGAGCCGCGCGAAGUCUGGGCGCGCUGAGCUCAGCGUGCCCAGCCUUCGGCAUGCAGGCAACUCUCUGCAAGCCGCAGGAGCCCGGCGCGGGCUCCCACGGCUUGCGGAGAUCUGCGCAAAGCCUGGAGAGCGAGAGGAGUCAGUGCGCACCGACCCCUCUCGCUCUCCAGGCUUCAGCGAAAGCCUGCAUUCGCCCCAUAGGACGCACACACAUUUCCCCUUCAUUUUUGGAGGGGGAAAAGUGCGUCCUAUGGGGCGAAAAAUACGGUAAUCAAUUAAAAUAAUGUUAAUAAAAAUUAAUGAAAGAAUAUUUUACUGCAUUUUUCACUCAGCUGGUCUCCUUUUUGAGGAAGGGCGUAAUAAUAAUGUUUCAUGCCACCCCAAUCUCUGAGUGGUAUGAGAUUUCAGGGGUUCCAGGUGCAUUUACCAGGGUCUGCUUUUCCUUUUGGCCAGUGAGGCACAGUGGAGACUGUGGUGUUUUUAUGAUAUAUAGUUUUUUUUAUACAUAUAUACAACCUGGGUUUAGAUGGAGAGAGUUCAGAGCAGUCACAUUCCUAACUCAUAACAAUAAAAAAAAAAUUAUAAUCAUAAUCUUCUCCCCACCCACCCACACCUUGCUAGGCCCUCCUGAACCAAGAGGGAUUCCACAAGCAGUUCUCCAAGAGCCUGAUGGACAAGGAUCUCUACCGGAAGCAGAUUCGGGAGCUGGGCGAGAGAUGCGAUGAGCUGCAGCUGCAGCUCUUCCAGAAAGAGGGGCAGCUGCUCAGCACUGAAGCCAAGUUGAAGAGGUUGCACCUCGACCCUUCGGCACUGGUAGGCUAACUCUUCCAGGUGCUGCCUCUGGUUGGCCUGUUCCCUUCCACCAUGUUAAGAGGAGGCAGAAAUGCUUCUGAAUUUACCAGUUGCUAGAAACCGCAGGUGGAGGAGAAAGUGUUCUUGUGCUCAAAUCCUGCUUGCAGUUUUCCCAUAAUGGGCAUCUGGUUGGCUACUGUGAAGACAGGAUGCUGGAAUAGGUACUCCCACUGGCCUGAUCCAACAGGCUUUUCUUAAGGAGGUGCCUAUGCCAGUGCCACUAGACAGUGCAGUGGCAGUGCUGGCGGAAGUGAGUGGUGUGGCAGUGGUGCUGGUGGUGUGGCAGCCAAAUGGGACGCGUCACACUUGUUCAUGCUGUAGUUUCUCUGGAAAUGUGCACACAUGUGUGUAGUUUAAUUCUUUCCACUUCCUAACUUUUUACAAUGAUCUUGCAAUUCCAGACUUCAGAUUUCGAAGAAUCCUCCAGGAGCUCCCAAGAAGUGAGUUGUGAUCAACGUUCUUGGCUCAGUGCCUCUGCUGUUCUGAUGUCAUUUGUCUGCUUCAUUUGGGGCUGAGGGUCAGGGUCAGGGGUCCGGUUAGCAUAUAACCUUUAACUGACUUAGGUGGAAAACAUCCAGCCCACCAAGCCUAAAUAUUUGGCCAACAAAAUGGUUUGGGCAGAUGCCUUCUGUUUCAACUUUCCAACGCCUGCUGAAAACUUUUGCAUUCCAUCAGGCUUAUGCAGGGAAUGAAGAAUACAUCUUUUUUCUGAUUUUAACCUAUUUUAUGAUUUUAACCUAUUUUAUGCAUGGUUUUAUGUAUAAAUGCUGUACAUUUUUUCUGAAUAGCUGUAUAUAUUUUUUAUCAGUCAAUAAAUAUAAACCAAUAAAUGAAAUUAUGCCCACUUGUCCAUCACCUGACAUCAAGUGGAGGACGUGGUGCCAAAUUCAAAAGACAGGGUAAGCUCGUUUCCUUUUCUGUCAACAAAAUCCAGAUUAGGAGCCCCCUUAACGAGGCACGUGGCCGACCACUGUGAGAACAGAAUACUGGACUAGAUGGAGCCCCCUUUGGCGUGAUCCAGCUGCAGGGCCCUUCUCAUGGAAGUCUUUUGUAAGCACAGAACUUAAGUGCCCAGGGGAAAUCUAGUUCUGAAUACCAGUUGCUGGGAAUCACAAGAGGGAGAGUUGCUAUUGUACUUGUGUCUUGCUUGGGGGUUUUCCAUAAUGGGCUACUGGUUGGCGACUUUGAGGACAGAAGGCUGGAGUCCCCUUUGGCCUGAGCCAGUUGUAGUAUUAGAUUCCUCUAAUUCCUAAAUGGAGCUUCCAUGGACAGUCAGUAUAUCCUAGAAUAGUUGCAAUAAACAACUAUUUUACUUUUAAAAGACAACUGAAGGUAGCCCUGUUUAGGGAAGUUUUUAAUGUCUGACGCUGUAUUGCUUUUAAUAUUCGGUUGGAAGCCGCCCAGAGUGGCUGGGGAAACCCAGCCAGAUGGGCGGGGCAUAAAUAAAUUAUGAUUAUGAUUAUGAUUAUGAUUAUCAUCAUCAUCAUCAUUAUCAUCUUUGGGAUGUCUGUUUGGCAAUGUGAGAUCAUUAUGCUGGAUUAGAUAGGCCCCCUUUGGCCUCCUCCAGCAGUCAGAGUCUUCUGAAGGUUACAGUUUUGUUGCUGUUGGGCAAAAAAAUGUUGUCCUGAGCUGCAAUGGGAUUAUUAGUAGCGAGGACUUCUUCAAGGGAUUUUUUUCUGUAUGUAUGUCACUGAUUAGCUGGGGGUCCUUGUGCUGAAGUUCUGUGAAAAUGUGCCUGAUUCUGAUUGCUUUUGUUUUCUGUUUUCCUUCAUGGGUAAAGAAUAAAUCAGUAUUGAUCAUUUGCAAACAGAGGCUCUUAUUUCCCAUUCUUGAAAAGGAUUUUGUAGAAUUGGAAAAGGUUCACAGAAUGACAACCAAAAUAAUCAAGGGAUUGAAUGACUUGUCUAUCAAGAAAGGUUGAAGCAUUCGGGACUUUUUAGUUUAGAGAGCACAGGGACAUCCAAAGAAGCUGAAUAUUGGAAGAUUCAGGACAGAUAAAAUAAAGUCCUUCUUAGUUAAACUGUGGAACUCGCUUCCCCAGGAGGCAAGGAUGGCCACCAAUUUGGACGGCUUUAAAAGAGGAUUGUGCAAAUUCAUGGAGGAGAGGGCUGUACUUUGCCUUUCAUGGUUGGAGGCAGUAAUGCUUCUGAAUAGCAAUUGCUGAAAACCACAGGAGGAGAGAGCUCUUCUACUCAAAUCCUAGUUGCUGGUUUCUUUUUGGCAUCUCAUUGGCCACUGUGACAACAGGAUGCUGGGCUAGAUGGGCCAGUGACCUGAUCCAGCAGGCUCUUAUGUUAACUCUCUUUCUCCUUUCCUUGCAUGAAGCUUCCUUCCCAUGGAAACCCGGAUGAAGACAUCAAAGGUGCAAACAAAGGCAAGUUCUUCCAGGGGCUGCUGGUCUUGCUCUCUACUGCUUAGGUUGUUUCUGGUAUCCCACUUCAGAAAUGCUUCUCAGCCAGGGCUUGCAAAAAUAAUUUGGGCUUACAGUGCCAGCAGCCUGCAUUUGCAACUCAACAGACAGUUUUAACCAAGGAUACCUCUUUCUGUAGCCAUCUCUGCCACAGUUGGAGACACAUAGCAAUGCUUCUAAAUACCAGGUGCUGGAAACCACAAGAGGGGAGAAUUGCUUUUGCACUAGGGUUCUGCUUGGGUUCCCACAAUGGGCAUCUGCUUGGCCACUGUGAGAACAGGAAGCUGGACUAGAAGAAUCCCCUUUGGUCUGAUCCAGCAAGGCUUUUCUUCUGUUCUUAUGACUGCAUUGUUCCUACACUCCUGUCUUGCUUGAGGUGGGCAUCUGGUUGUUUACUGGGUAAAAGAGGCUGGGCUGGAUGAGUCUCUGGUCUGUUUAGCAGCCAGGAUCUUAAUAUUCACAAGUGGGCAAUGCAAUGGCUUUACAUAUGCCUAUCUUGCACCAGAAAUCCCUGGAUGCACGUUGGUACACUAGGCCUUAAAUUCUAAACAGUAGGUAAUAGUUGGUCAAUAAAAUUAACCCUUUUCCUUCUCUCUCUCUUUCUCUAUCUCUCUGCAGAAUCGUCCAACCAGGAAUCCAGCAAAAUCCAGCUUCUUCCAUCCCCAGGGGUAUUUUAUAUCUUUAUUUAUAUAAUACAUUUAUAUACCACAUAAGGCUGUUUACAGAAUUACACAUACAAUAUAUACUGUGUGAGUUUUAAUCUGUUUUGAGACUAUUGCUGUUUUAGCUUUUCAAAAGUCUUAAAUUAUUGCUGUUAAUUUUCCUUAGUGACACUAUUACACGCCACUCCAGUAUCCACAGCAAUAUAAAAUUCCAGGGGUCCAGGCAUUUACCACCUGCACACCCAUCAGGAAUUCCAAGAUGCCAAAUUCUGGGCAUGGAUCUAACACAGAUCACCUUUCCUGAUGCUCCUCAUUGUAGCCUACCUUGAGUUCAGCUCUAGCUGUGGAGAAGCCUUCCAUGCAAAUUAGAGGAGUAGCAUGACUGAAAUUAAUCAGGCCCCAAUUCUGCUUUGCAUUUCCAGGAAAGCAGUCCACUCGAUGGGGAUGUGGCAGAGAAGGGGCGCCGGCGAAUGAAGGACAGUUUUGAGCAUUACCGGAGGUAAAGCACACAUGCCUCAUAUGCUUGCCUAAUGCAAACCCAUCCCCAUGUUGCUGCUACAAAGUGCAGGAAGGAGAAGAGCCUGACUGCUGAAUCAGGCUAUUUAAUCCAGCAUCCUGUCCUCACAAUGGCUGACCAGAUGCCCCAACAGGAAACAUGCAAGCAGGAUUUGAUGGUGAUGAUGAUGAUGUUGAUGAUAAUUUUAUUUGUAUGCUACCCAUCUGAGUGGGUUGCCCCAGGCACUCUGUGUGGCUCCCAACAGAAUAUUAAAAACACGAGAAAACAUCAAACAUUAAAAACUUCCCUAAACAGGGUGACCUUCAGAUGUGUUCACAAGAGCAUUCUCUCCCCCUGCCCUGUGUUUUCCAGCAACUGGGAUUCAGAGGCAUUGCUGCCUCCAGGAGUGGAGGCAAAGCAUAGUAAUUGUGGCUCCUUGCCAUGGAUAGUCUUAUUCUUUGGUCUUCCUCAAUCUAUUUGGCAGACUUGUGAGAAAUGAGAUGAGGUGACCACCAACCUCUGGGAAUGGUUAGUAAUAAUCAGGCUGCUGUGAUUAAUUAUGGACUUCUAUUUAUAAUUACAGGGGCUUAGGCUAGAUGAUCCUUGGGGUCCCUUCCAACUCUAUGCUUCUAUGAAUUCAUGGAGAAUAAGGCUACCAACGGUUAUUGACCUCAACUGAUGGAGACAGUAAUGCUUCUAAAUACCCCCAAAUUCAUGGGAAUCCCAGACGUUGCUGCACUUAGAUCCUAUUUCCAGGCUGCUCAUUGAAGCACCAGUUGGCCACUGUGAGGAAAGGAUGCUGGACUAGAAGGGCAAGUGACUUGAUCCAGCUUCAGCCCAGCUCCCCUGGUGUUCUGGAAUAAUAGAACUAUAGAGCUGGAAGGGACCUCAGGACCAUUUAAUCUAACCCAAUGCAAUGCAGGAAUUGCAACUAAAGCAUCCCUAGCAGAUGGCUAUCCAACCUCUGCUUUAAAACCUCCAAUUAAGGUGAGUCCAGCACCUUCCUUAGACUGAAGGACUGUGGGCACUCCUGCCUCCAAAGGUGGGUUAGAACACCACACCCCCUUCAGGGUUUGUUGGGUUCCAACUCCCAUCAGCCAUCACAGAGAUGAUGGGAACUGUAGUUCAGCAACAUCUGAGGCGCAACAAGUCCCCAUCCCCCACACUUUAAACCAGUUUGGACCUUAACUUUGCAGAAAGAGGGCCCUGAGGAGAGCCCAGAAGGGCAAGUACUACACCGUGGACUGGGAGAACACGUCAGGCAGUGACAACACAGACACUGAAGGCUCCUGAGGGUAUGUGCUCUGCAGAAAAAGAAAUUGUGGAUCCUGGAGGGCCUGUCUUGGACACAACCCAGUCAACAACAAGGUUUCUAGUUCCCAAGGGACACAGGGCAUUUAUAGGUGACUUUUUAUGAGCUGUUAACCUGAUUCACUUGUAGGAAGAUUAGACACUGGCUCUUUAGUGAGCUUUCACUUUGAUUUGUUUGUGGGGAGGUUAGAUGUUGUGUCAAAGCCAAGAAUGAUCAUAUCACACUUUCCACACACUACAUUUUCCUUGUAGCAAAAAGUCCAGUCUUUUGGGGGAAGUGGGUGUGAUCUGCAAGAGCUCCAAAUCAGCUUUCAUUUGCAUCAUCUGAAUUUGCUGGUACAUAACUGAAACGCCACCACAGAAAGUUGGACCCAAGAUGUGUGGAAUAUAGCACUUAUGGAACACAACUCACCAUCAGAGGGUCAUAAGAGGAAUUAAAAAGGAAGAUGGGUUUGUAUGGUCUCGAUUUAAAUCUUUUAUUAACAACAGUACAGCGAUUUCCCUUCUGCCAGUACGGAGAAAUUAUCCCUUCCCACAGCAGCCAGUAUGGAGAAAUUAUCUAAAUGUUCUAGAUGAGAACUUAACCUGUAAUGUAAGAGAUUUUACAAGUCUGCUUGAAUGCCAUGUGAAUUACUGCAUUCAAGACAACAUCUGUGCAUGCUUUAAAAUUUAAUAAAGAUUAAUUUUUAAAAUGAUUAUUUUUAAAAAAACAAACAUCUGGACAUGCAUUUGUCCUGGAAGACUUGGUAAUUGCUUUAACAUUUUUCAAUACAGUUUGUAAAAAACCCUGAAACUCACCUGAAAAUGAUGAUGGCCUGACAGCAUUGUUGGGCCUACACUUGGUGACAGCACACCACAAAAGGGACUGUGCACCAGAAGGCUCACCCAGGCAUCACAACCUUCAGGAGAGAUAGCCCAAGGCAGGAGCAAUCAUAGUAAAAUAUGGUUAAAUCUGAUCCCUACCUAAGCUUGCCACAUUCUUCUGCUUUAGCCCUGCUGUACUGUUGGUUCAUGGCUGUCAUUCAAUUGUGCUGAGUUCACUGCUUUGGAUAAUUGUCACUCUUUGAAAGUCACCUUGGGAAGGACAAUGCAGAAGGAUUACAUUGGAAAAGGUUCAAAUUAAUAACAUCAAUAUAGUACGUGGAGCUUGCCUAUAGGUAAAGGAACUUCCCAUACACAAACCAUUCAGAAGAAUUUGGUUUUUUAAGUGAUAUACAGAUCAGUCUUGUCAAAUAAGUACAAUAAAAUGAACUUAACAUUUCCUUUCUGUUUGACUUUGGAAACUGUCAGUUAAACUCUACUUAUUGUCUGUAUAAAUAUGGAUUGUGGCUUCGAGUAUGAAACUGUGGGUUUGAGGGGGCAGUCUAGAUGAAGCCCUGAGGCCCCUUCCAAUUCUUUGGGUUCUGUGCAUGGUGAGAGUUGGAAUUUAAUACAGGAGGCUGCUGAACUGUCAGAUAAGUUUCUUUGUAACUUAAUGACCUUAGC